AUGAUGUUCAAGUCUCUUGCCACCGUGUCGGCCCUGUCACUCCUUGCAUCAUCUGCUAUUGCUGUCGAUGCCAGUCUGAAGAAUAAUGUCGCUGUCUACUAUGGACAAGGUGAUAACCAGCCCCGGCUGAAGCAUUUCUGUGAACAGACCACUUCGGACAUCAUCAACAUCGGUUUCAUUAAUCAGUUUCCCAAACAUGUGGGCGACUUCCCUGGUUCCAACUUUGCCAAUCAGUGUGAUGGCACCUUUUUCCCCGGCACCGAACUGCUGAGUGGGUGUCACCAGAUCUGGCAGGAUAUCCCCAGCUGCAAGGCUGCCGGCAAGACAGUCCUGCUGUCCAUCGGGGGUGGUAGUGCUACAACCCAGUCUCUCCCAGACGAUGCCACCGGUGAAUGGUUUGCGGAUUUCCUGUGGUACUCCUUCGGUCCUUACAAUUCAGCAAUUUCUUCAUUGGGUUGGACCGAGACCAUGCUUGGACAACUUUACCCUCGUCCAUUCCUCACUUCCUCAGUUGAUGGAUUCGAUUUUGAUAUCGAGUAUAACGGAGGUGUUGGGUACGCCGCCAUGAUCAAUCGUCUUCGCGAGCAUUACGCCACGAGCACCGAGCAAACCUACUACAUCUCCGGUGCUCCCCAGUGCCCCAUCCCUGAUGCUCAGCUCAGCGAUGCUAUUGCCAAAUCGUACUUUGAUUUCCUCUGGGUUCAGUUUUACAACACCCCGGGUUGCUCUGCGGCAGACUAUGUCAACGGCACCGGCAAGUUCAACUUCGAUGAGUGGGUCGGUGUCAUCGAGAAGAGCGCCAACCCCAAUACUAAGCUUUUCAUCGGACUUCCUGCUUCCAAGGCUGCCGCUAACGCUGGAUUCUACGUGACCCCUGACGAAGUGAAGCCCCUUGUCAAGACUUAUAUGGAUAAGCACCCCAAGCACUUCGGUGGUGUUAUGCUGUGGGAGGCCACCGCCGGUGACAACAACGUCAUUGAUGGAGAAACUUACACUGAGCACAUCAAGGACAUCUUGUACGAUUGCGCUCCUCGCCCUGUCACAUCCACGACCGUUACCCCGACCCAUUCAUCAACUGUGCCUCCUGUUUCGUCUUCAACUGUCCCGUCUUCCACCACUUCCACCACGGUCGCUUCUUCUAGCUCCGUUGCUUCUUCUAGCUCCGUUGCUUCUUCUAGCUCCGUUGCUUCUUCUAGCUCCGUUGCUUCGUCUACGCCCGCUGCUUCGUCUACGCCCGCUGCUUCGUCUACGCCCGUUGCUUCUUCUAGCUCCGUUGCUUCGUCCAGCUCCGUUGCUUCGUCCACCCCCGUUGCUUCGUCUACGCCCGCUGCUUCGUCUACGCCCGCUGCUUCGUCUACGCCCGUUGCUUCUUCUAGCUCCGUUGCUUCGUCCAGCUCCGUUGCUUCGUCCAGCUCCGUUGCUUCGUCCAGCUCCGUUGCUUCGUCCAGCUCCGUUGCUUCGUCCACCCCCGUUGCUUCGUCUACGCCCGCUGCUUCGUCUACGCCCGUUGCUUCUUCUAGCUCCGUUGCUUCGUCCAGCUCCGUUGCUUCGUCCACCCCCGUUGCUUCGUCUAGCUCCGUUGCUUCUUCUAGCUCCGCUGCCUCUUCCAGCGAGUCUUCCUCUUCAAGCGUCCCUAGCAGCUCUGUGACCCCUACUCCUUCCGCUUCAUCUGGACACCCCUCCGCCACUGGAAAGCCCACCCACAGCUCGCAUGGCCAUGGCCACGGACACGGACAUGGACACGGACAUGGACACGGCUCCCACACACACACCCACGCGCACACCCACACUGCUCCAAGCUCGACUCCCCUUGCCUCGGACCACUCUUCCAGCACAGCCCCUGUCUCUUCUUUGACCGAGUCUGGCACCGCUUCCACUAGCGAAGGUGCCAUCCCGACCGGUGUCCCGUCUUCCAGCGCUGAGACUACUGGAAGCUCCAAGCCUACCGGUGACAACACUACCGGUGGUUCCAAGCCUACUGGCGUCGAGACUACAGGCGGCCCUCAGCCUACAGGUGACAGUACUACUGACGGUUCUAAGCCUACCGGUGACAACACUACCGGUGGUGCCAAGCCUACCGGUGACAGUACUACUGGCGGUUCUAAGCCUACCGGUGACAACACUACCGGUGGUUCCAAGCCUACUGGCGUCGAGACUACAGGCGGCUCUCAGCCUACAGGUGACAGUACUACUGGCGGUUCCAAGCCUACCGGUGACAACACCACCGGUGGCUCCAACCCUACUCACGUCGAGACUACAGGAGGCCCUAAGCCUACCGGUGACAACACUACCGGUGGUUCCAAGCCUACCGGUGACAGCACUACUGGAGGAUCUAAGCCUAGUGGCAGUGACACUACCACAGCCCCCGCUGGUAUCACCGCCACUCCCUCCGUCACUGGCUCGCCUUCCUCUUUGGCUCCGGGUACCACCACAACUAUCAUUGUGACCUCCUACGUUGAUAUUUGCCCAACUGGCUUCACCACCAUCACCACCACCAUUACCAAGACCUGGUGCCCUGGUAACUCUCCCGCUACUGCCACCGCCACUGGCACCGCCGAGAUCACCGCCCCUACUUCCGGUCCUGCCACCUCCACUGCCGACAUCCCUGAAGGCUGGACUACUACCGUGACUGUCUGCACCCACUGCGCCGCUACCCCUACUACCGUGACCCUCACCAAGCCCGUUGCCACUGCUAUCACUACCACUGAGGCUGCGUCGCAGCCCACUGCCCCUUCGGUACCUGAGGGAUACACCACCACUGAGACUUUCUGCAAGCACUGUGGUCCUACUGGUAGCACCAUAACUCUCACCAUCCCGGCCCCCACUGCUACUGCCAUUGUUCCUGUGCCCGGCAUCGCCCCCGUGGUGCCAUCUCCUUCCUCCAAGCCCAUUCCCAGCAAUGGAGCCGGAGGCUUCCAAGCCGGAAGACCGUCGUCGUCAAGCAUUGUGUUCCACCCCUCGCCCUCGCGCACUGCCGUGCCCACCGUCGCAACUACUGCCACUGGCACAACCGCAGAGCCCACCGGCAACCCCGUGGGCGUAUCCCCGGUCUACACCGGUGCGGCCUCGCGUGCCAACGUGACUGGCUUCUUCGGUGGCGUUCUCGCCGUCGCUCUUUCCAUGUUCAUGAUGCUGUGA